UAUGUAGGAUUACACUUGCAGAUGAGGUUAUGUAGGAUUGCACUUGUUGAAAAUGCAAUUCUUUCCAGUUCUGUUAAAAAAUAUCUGUGCUUAAAAUUAAAAAUAUCUGUGCUCUAACAUUUCUAAAUUUUAUUGCAAAACUUCUAACAACCAAGAACGCUAGUGUAAGCACCAGUGUACCGGAUGAGAACCGCCGCCGUUUAAGCCCCAUGCGAUUCCUCAAACGCUCCAGAACCUCAUUAAAUCGAUCAUACGGAACCAGCUCAUCAAAGCAUCGAACGAAUCAAUCUAUUUCAAGAAAUUUCCUCGAUUGAAUCAGUAGAAACCGUGUGCGAUGACGCAACGCGUGCUCCGGUAACAUCGGUACCUCGGAAAGCUGACAAUGAAAAGCAAAAUCGUGCAAGAACAUCCACUUCCUUUUGCGCCAGUCACGAACGCAAAGUUCUUCCUUUCGGAGAGGCCCGAAAAACAUAACGGCGAUAUCCCGCGAGCACAUUGCGUAAGACGUCGGGUGUCUUGGUGCGGAAUUACGUCCGGAAUCGGUUUUACGAGGCACGAAUCGAAGCCGUGGCGGAUCAUGGCUUCCGAGGUGAAAGAAAAAGAAACAUCGAAGAAGAAGAGUGGUCACCGGUAUAUCGUUGCACGGUAAAUUGGCAGGCUCCUCCUCGUCGGGUGAACGGACAAGAGAACGGUGAUUCGAUACAGUUUGAAUACGGGCAGGGGUAUGUUACGCGUGCGGGCAGAUCCGGGGAGAUCCGGUAGUAAUCAACCGGGCGCUCGGUAGCCCGUGGGAAAACGGCUUAACGCCGAACGAACGCCUUUGCACGCCGUGCUAGCACAAUCGGUCCGCUUUAAUGCUGGUGGACGAGUAGGAUUUUCCGGGGAGUGGGCCAGUAGCCACGGCGAAAGUGCCGGUAUAUAUGCCAGUGAUUGGCGCGGUGUAGCUUCAGUGUGCACCUCCGACCGAUACCAUGAGCACUCCACAGAAGCUUAUAAUUCUCGCCCUGGUGGCGACUAGUCUGGCCGGCGAGGUUAAGGAGACCAAAAAGGCCACCACGGAGACGAAAGACAAGAGCAAGAGAGGACUCGAACUGAGUUUGGGCAGCUUCGAGAGCUACGGAGGAGGACACGGGCUGAGCUUAGGAGGAGGAGGUGGCUUUGGAGGACACGGACUGAGCUUGGGAGGAGGUUAUGGCGGAGGUCUAGGUGGAGGUCUCGGCGGAGGUCUCGGUGGAGGCGGUGGCGGUGGCGGCGAUAACAGUCGAAUCACUGGAAUCACCAUCCACCGCGAGAACCAAGUACGCGUACCUCAACCGUACCCGGUCGAGAAAAACAUCCCCGUACCAGUCCCGGUCCCAGUUCACGUCCCGGUUGAACGUCCAGUUCCGGUCCACGUACCGAAACCAUACCCAGUCCCCGUACAGAAGAACAUCCUUGUGCCAGUGGAGAAACAGGUCCCGGUUCCGUACAACGUACCCGUCAAAGUGCCCGUCGAGGUACCCUACCCGGUCAGCGUACCUGUAAAGGUCCCCGUCGCUAUUGAGAAGGAGGUGCCCUAUCCAGUCAAGGUUCCUGUACUCGUUAAGGAAUCCUAUCCUGUACUGGUCAGCAGUGGUCACGGUGGUGGCGGCGGCGGCUUCGGUGGCGGAUACGGAGGUGGCUACGGUGGCGGAUACGGAGGUGGCUUCGAACUUGGAGGUGGUCACGGACUCAGCCUGCACCAUUAGAUAAGGAUGAACCUCGUCGACAUGGAUCUUCAUCCACACUCAUAUGCUUGUAUAUAAUGAUUAUAUUUUUGUAUGGAAAAUAAACUUUUAAAUUAUUAAA